UUUGAGGUCUUGGGUAUGGGGUACGGUCUACCUGGGGUUUGUAUAUUUGAGUGGCAGGGUUCCUUGCUGUCUCCUUCUGUCCUUGAGUAUUUCUGAUGAGUUGGGCUUGGAGCUGGAGACAAUGUUCCUGGUGUCUGGUGUCUUAGAUGCCCACCCUGGACUAUAUCUCUGAAGGAGAGUGCCAUCAUCCUUAGGGGCCCCUUCUCCAGACAUGCUCCCUGAGGUGAGCUCCUUGUGGCUGCUGCAGCUGCUCCGGGACAUCCAGCUGGCCCAGUUUUAUCGGCCCAUUCUUGAGGAGCUUAAUGUCACUCGACCAGAGCACUUCGACUUUGUAAGGCCCGAGGACCUGGAUGGCAUUGGCAUGGGCCGGCCUGCCCAGCGCAGACUGGUUGAAGCUCUGAAGAGGUACCGUUCUGGCCUCAAGCCCAAGAAGUGGGUCUACAAGAUCCUUGGGAGUUUCACCCCCGAGCAGAAGGAGACCACCUCACCCUCAGACAGCCCUCCGUGCCCCCCUGAACCCGAGGGAGGACUCAAGUGUCUGAUCCCAGAGGGCGCGGUGCGCAGAGGGGAGUUGCUGGGUGCCGGCUGCUUUGGUGUGGUACACAGAGGGCUGUGGAUGCUGCCCAGUGGCCAGAGCGUCCCAGUGGCUGUAAAGUCCCUCCGGGUGGGUCCCGAGGGCCCCAUGGGCACCGAGCUGGGGGACUUCCUGCGAGAGGUAUCAGUCAUGAUGAACUUGGAACACCCACACGUACUGCGUCUGCAUGGACUCGUGCUGGGCCAGCCCCUGCAGAUGGUGAUGGAGCUGGCGCCUCUGGGCUCCCUGCACGCGCGCCUGAGAGCCCCGGCCCCUACACCCCCACUGCCUGUGUCUCUGCUCUGCCUCUUCCUGCGGCAGCUGGCGGGGGCCAUGGCAUACAUGGGGGCCCGCGGGCUGGUGCACCGAGACCUCGCUACGCGCAACCUGCUGCUGGCUGCGCCGCGCGUCAUCAAGGUGGCGGAUUUCGGGCUGGUGCGGCCGCUGACUGGCGCUCGGGGGCGUUACGUCAUGGGCGGACCCCGCCCCAUCCCCUAUGCCUGGUGUGCCCCGGAGAGCCUGCGCCAAGGGGCCUUCUCUUCUGCCUCGGACGUGUGGAUGUUUGGGGUGACGCUGUGGGAGAUGUUCUCUGGGGGCGAGGAACCCUGGGCCGGCAUCCCGCCCUACCUCAUCCUUCAUCGACUGGAGAAGGACCGCGCCCGGCUGCCUAGGCCGCCACUCUGCUCCAGGGCCCUCUACUCCCUCGUCCUGCGCUGCUGGGCCCCACACCCUGCUGACCGGCCUAGCUUUUCCCACCUGGAAGGGCAGCUCCAAGAGGCCCAGCCUCCUGAGGGACGCUGUGUGAGGGAUGUCAUGGAGACAGGUGCCCUGAGAAUGGAGGUCGGUGACCCCAUCACCAUCAUCGAGGGCAGGUGACAACCCCAUGUCCCUGACUCAACCACCUGGAAGGGCCAGAACGGCCAAACAUUCAAAGUGGGCAGCUUCCCGGCCUCCGCAGUAAUGGUGACAGAUUGGCCAGCUACCCGCCCAGUACACAGAGGCUCCGGGGAGCGACACCGGGGAAACGCCAAUGGGGACAGAGCAAAGGCAAAGCUUCAAGAUCUGCCUCCAGCACGGGACCAGAGAAGGAACAUGCCCCUGCCCAUGAUGAAAGGCAUCUCCAAAAGCCUGGAGUCGGUUCUGUCCCUGAACCCUCGUCCCACAGGAGGUGGUUCAAGUCCCCCGGAACUUCGACGUGCCAGAGCUGUGUGCAAGGGACCCCCAGUCCUGCCACCCUGCCCACCCUUUGCCUCCAGCUCUCCCUCUCAGGUCAGCCAGCCCCCCAGGGAGCGGCCCUCCUGGCCCAAAAGAGAACCCCCCCACAAUCACCCUGUGGGAGCACCUGGAGCCAGCAAAGCCACUGUGCCCUCUGGAGGCCUCCUGUCUGACCCUGAGGUGCAGAGGAGGGUUAUGGAGGUGGAGCUGAGUGUGCAUGGAGUCACCCACCAGGAGUGUCAGGCAGCACUAAGAGCUACUGGGGGAGAUGUGGUUUCUGCCAUUCGGAACCUCAAGGUAGAUCAGCUAUUCCACCUGAGCAGCCGGUCCAGGGCUGACUGCUGGCGCAUACUGGAGCAUUACCAGUGGGACCUCUCAGCUGCUAGCCGCUACGUCCUGGCACGGCACUGAACUCUGCUCCAUUGGGAAAGGACACCAGUGUGGAAAGCCUGGGCCCCCUGGCACCUGGCCUUGUGGGGCCAAGAAGAUCAAGGUCCUGGCAGAGGCAGAGUUUCCCACCUGGAGAGAACCUACUGCAGGCUGGUAUAGGAGCCCAUGGUCAACACUGACCACUGCCUUCUCUCUACCCUGCCCCGUGGCCUCUGAGGGCUCAGGCUUCCUUAGCUGGCCACAGCAGGAUCUAUUCUACUCUGCCCACAAUAUUGCCGAACAAGAGGACUUGAAGGAACAGAGCUGCUACAUAUUAUGCCUAGAGGAACCUUCUACUCACUACAGAGUAUGGUCAAGGGGCCAUGGUGGACCAUAGGAACAGCCAUCUUGAACUGCCAUCUGCUACCACUGGACUCUGUGGGAGCAGCCAUCUUGGAUGACAGAAGCCCCCAUAUUGACUUGGGGCAUGUGGUCCCAACAACCUUGGCUUGGUCCAGGGCCAUGGGGUGAUGAAAGAUGCUCUGUUGGACUCAAGGACAGUUGAUCCUGAUAGCAUGUAUUGUGAGAAGGGCCAGCCCACCCCAGACGUCAUAUUUCCCUUUGUCUCUUUCCACAUCAACUCUUUCUUUUACCCAUCCCCCCAUUGCAUACAUCUUUCAAAGUCCAAAAAAAUUACAAAGUUUAUAUGAAUAUACCAUACAAAGAUGCAGCCUCCUUCCUAGGGCAAUGGAAGGAAGGGGUGGUUAAAUAAGGCACAGGAAGCUGCAGCAAGCACCAGCUGUGGGCAGGGCCCAAGAGCAGGGGAGGUUGGCACUAGGGCCCAGCCUCUACAGCUGUUGGUGGGGAGGCAGGAAUCCCCUCAAAGUGCUGUAGUCUGGGGCUGAAUUGAUUGGCCAAGCUGAUGCAGGAGAGGGGUGGCCAUGUCCGCUAUUCUUUGGUGCUGUUUAUCCUCCAUCCCGGUUCUGUCAUAACAUCCCAAAGUUCUGGGUUCCAAAGGCCCUUUCUGGAGCAGAGGCCCUGGAAGGGGGUAGGAGGGGGUGGGUAGGGAAGGUCUGAAAGCCAAUAGCCUGUAUGCCAAGAGACAGUGGUGGGAGGUAGUGGGGAAGGGCUCUCAUACACACUCUUUGUGGGGGGCCACAGGUGAAGGAGGCCAGAGAGGUAGGGUAGGGAUGGGGCACACGGCCCCCAGCCUCUCAGGUACCCCGUCUGUCCCCUGCUGUGUACAUGGAUGAAAGAGGCUGCCUCUGAGGAA